CCAUCAUCUCUGAACAUUCCCUGUACUUGCAAUCGGCAUGAAUGAAUGAACAAGACGUGUCUGCCAUGGUUUCGGCCCUCGUUCAUGUCCUCUUCACCCCCCAAUGAUCAGUCUAGCUCAUCAGCUUCAAGGAAACCCAAUAACAACAUCACCACAGUCUCACGACCCAUCUCAUCAGCCUAUGCAGGAUCAAGGGAAUAAUAUGAGGAGGCGGCAUUAUAGAGGAGUAAGGCAAAGGCCAUGGGGUAAGUGGGCUGCAGAGAUACGUGACCCAAAGAUGGCAAGUCGAGUGUGGCUUGGCACAUUUGACAUCGCAGAGGAUGCAGCCAUGGCUUAUGACAAGGCGGCUCUCAGGUUCAAAGGGACCAAGGCUAAGCUUAAUUUCCCUGAACGAGUACGGAAAAUUCAAGGGCGGAUUGAGUUGGGCUACUUCAUGGGUGCUCGUCAUGGUGAACGAGUUCUAACUCCUCCUCCUCCUCCUCCUCCUCGUGACCCAGAGCCUGAAACAGAGCCAGAGAUGGAUGCAAAAUUACAGGAUGGUGGAGACGAACCUGUGGCUGAAGGGGUAGGUGAUGAUACUUCACAGUCCCCUUCGCCUAUUGUGGAAUCGCCGGAGACGAUUGCUGAGAUUCGGAAUUUCAAUCAUCAAGCUGGGUCUUCGCAAUUGACGAAUGACUCUGCUAAUUGGAUGCCACCGCCAAAGAAGCUGAGGCAUGCCGAUCCUAGCGAGCCCAGAGAAGAAACUAGAGGGAGAUCUCCGGUGGUGAAGGAGGAGAACACAGAAAAAAACCAGCUAUCUCCAGACCCGGUGUUGGGUAGGCUUUUCCCUCAAGAUACUCCUGAGGAAUAUCCGGAGGAGCCUGAAAUUCUUCAAGUGGUGAAAUGGCACAAACAGGUGAUGCCUCCAGCACCCCAAGCGCCGGAAGUUGAAAGUGAGGGGACAUGGGACUAUACACUGAAAAGCUUCAUUGAUCCCUUUGAAGGAGAGAAAUUCAAGGUGAUUUAUGUCAAUAGGUGCGUGCAGGAUUUUGUCUUUCCCUCUUGUUACGAGACGGAGGCACGGCAACUCAUGGACCGUUUUAAGCGAGAGCUCGCCUCAUGCACGGUGAACACUGUUACCAUUCGUUCAGGUCUCUUUAUCAAUUUAUGUCGAAUUCUCCAUUCUAUGAGAGACAGGACGUAUGGAUCUCUGUCAGAAAGGGAAGCCCGUGGCUGGGUAUCAUCGUUGAGAGAGGGAGAGGACCUGGGAGUAGAGCUUCCCGCACUAAGGGCAUUGGUGGGGAAGGCCUGGCUGCGGUGUUUAGCACGAGAUGUGGCAGAGAAAAAGAAAUCAGAGACAGUGUCUUUGUUGGCAAGAGCAGAGACCCACAAAGAGAAGGCACAGAGCUUCCUUAACUUGAUUGGAGUAAUGAAGGCGAAGGCACGAUGGCAUCAAGAAGAAGCGGGUCGCCUUACUGAUGAAGCCCGUUUUGUAAAGUAUAGGAAAAUCCCACCUUACCUAGUGGACACCCUCUCCUGUUACUUAAAAGAAUGGGAGGUCACUAAGGGUCAAAGGAUGAUCUCUGAUCUGUUCUCUGAAGGUGGGAGUUGUUCGUCACCUGGGCCAUCUGCGGCACAUCCUGCAGCACCCUGAGGUUCUCCCUUUUUCUUUCCUUUGUAUGAGGCGCCUAUGGGCACUAAUUGAACAUUUACAAAGCAA